AUGGAAGCCCGGCUGCCUAUCAUGCCCAACAGGGUCACCUGGUCACUCCCCCUCAUGGAAGCCCCGCUCCACAUCAUGCCGAGCUGGGGCACCCAGUCCAUCCCCCUGCCCCGGGCUCAGCUCUGUCGCCUGGGCCAAAGCACGAGCCUCAGCAUUUCAAUUUGGAUCCUGAUUCUGGUCGUGAAUUGGGGAGAAUUCAGGCGAGAAUUCAAGGAGCUCGAGAAGGAGGUUCAAGAUCUGCGAAGUGCUCCUCCCACUAGAUUUGACGAUGCGGGACAGCGGGAAGUGGAUGAGCUACAGCUUGUCGCUGGCGGGUGGAAUGAGGCUAAGCGAGAGCACGUUGAAGCAGAUGUGCGGGCUAUGUUUGAGAUCGAGAUUGUCUAUACGGAUGAGAACAUUUGGGCUAGACGCAAGGUAUGGGCUGCAGGCACCCAAGUGCUGUUUCAUGUUGACAGAGACACACGGCCUGCUCAAACGCUCAUGCUCAUUGACGCUCGCGGGAAUGAGACCGGAUGGUUUCUUAACGUUGCGCAGCUUGUCGCGAUAGCCGGUUCUCUGAACCUGGCAGUUUUCGGCGCAGUCCCUCCGCAAAUCAUGUUCCUACAAGAAGUGGGUGAUAUGAAAGAUAUUGGGUUGGGCGGACAUGAUGAACGAUUGUUUGAUAUCGCAGGUGUAGAAUUCGUUGGCUAUGUGGUAUUCAAGUGCAUGAUGCAGGUGCUCAUUGGACAUGAUCUCAACCAAGAUGCCCAUGCUGAGGUUGAUGAAUUUGAUGGCAUGAUGCAUUACCGUCAGUUUGUGAGCAGAGCAGGGGGACCGAAAGCAGCAUUGAUUUUCUGCUCUUCAGAAUUCGAGGGGCAGAGCUCUCUUUCUGGAAGAGAGACGAUCUACGUGUACAAGGACCCUCCUGAGGUGAAAGUCCUCAUUGACAGGGUGGGGAUUGGAGAGCCAUUGCACACCUUCGUAGGUGUUGAUGGAAAGACUGAGGUCUUUUGCCCCACAAUACCGUGCACACCAGUUGGCUUGCAGGUCGCCAAGCUUGAUAUUAAGGCGGCUUUUGACUCCGCGCGGAGACUCAUGAACUUGUGCUUUGGCACGUCGGUUAACAUUGCGUUGGGGGGAGUUGAGAAGACCCUGUCCAUGCAGAGAGGGAUCAUGCAAGGGUCUGCAUUUUCAGCAGACGUUUUUUCUCGCUUGAUGGACUGGGCUCUGGCAGAUUCACUUGCAGGCAUGCAAGAAUCUUUCCCUGAGUGGAGUCAGCAUAUUGGGGAGCUGCCUCACUUUCUCAUUUAUGCUGAUGAUUUGAUUGUUUUUGCGGAUUCUGAGGUAAGUCUCCAAGCUAAGAUCCACUUGUUGGUCCAUGCGCUCCAGAGGAUCGGCCUUCAGGUGAAUGCGUCAAAAUGCAAAGUCCUGAACGAGCUGGGGAGGGACGUGCCCUGGCGUCUGGUUGCCAUCCUCGGCGAUCCCCCUACGGGGGGAGGACAAGCUGACGUUCCUGGGAAUUCCGCUGGGACAUGGGGUCGGGGCGACCACUAUCAUGGCUCAUUUGUUACGUAA